AAAAAAAGGAAAACACGAGCGGGGAAAUGUGACCCUUCUUCCAUCUCGUCGAUUGGAUUCUCGGUCGAUCGCGUACAUGUGCAAGUGUAGCAUAGGGCUGUCACGUCACUUUUGGACACCACCCUCUCGCAAUAAAGCGGCGAAUUUGCUGACUAUAGCAAAGUUCGUAUCGUCGCCCGUCCUGCACAUUAUAUCGUAUUGAAGGCUCGCUUCAUUGGCAUUGACGUAUGGAACUUUUCGGCGAUGCUGCUAUUUGAAAGGGGUUGAGACAUUCUUUUUUUUUCGCAAAGAGAUAGACAAUUCGACUAUAAAAGUUCCCCUUUCCCUCAUCACAGCAACAAAUUCUCAUUCAAGGACAGCAACAACAUCAUCAACCACACAGUAGACCCGAGCUCUGUUCACAAAAUCCCACCCACUCACAUACCACUCAAAAACCAAAGAAGAAAAACAAAAUGCUCACCAAAUCAAUCCUCCUCGCCACCCUAGCCGCCCUCGCGGCCGCCAACCCCAUUGCCCGCCGCUCCGGCCCCGAGACCUCGCGGUCGCGCGGCUGGAAGCUGAUCGCCAACGUGACCGAAUCGCCCAUCACGGGGUUCGGCGCCGAGAUCAACCACUUCCAGGUGACGGGGAUCCACAUCGGGCCGCCCUACAACCGCGCCGUGCUGUACGAGCAGUACGAGGGCGGCGGCUCGCGCAUUUUUUACACCAACGGCUCGACCGAGCAGGGCGGCACCUCGCAGGUCCUGACCGACAGCAACGGCUUUUCGCCGCACUUUCACAUGCAGCGGCCCGACGAGUUCGACCUGCCCGCCAACGACAAAAGCCACGCAACAUUUCUGCAGCCCGGCCCGGACGCCGGCGACGACGUCGUGCUCGAGGGCAAGAAGCUGGUCAGCCGCUUCGGCGCUGGAAAGUUCGUCGCGUGCAAGCACUGGGUCCAGUACUACCAGAGCCUGUGGAACGUCGUCGACUACGUGUACGAGGGCGAGGAGACGCCCGAGGGCUGCGUCGACAUCAACCUGCUCGCUCAGUGCGAUGAGCUCAAGCCCAUCGAGGAGAACACCGAGUGGAACUGGUUCUCGCACGCCCACGUCGUGGAGGAGGAGUGUUAUGUCGACGUUGCUGGAGCUGACUGGAGUUUGUAGAUGUGUAUUUGAAGGAGGACCAGGGUGCGGAGUAGAUUUUGGACUUAAAAGGAGGAAUGGGCAUGAGGGAUGGGGGGAUAGAAGGCAGCUAAUUUUAUAGACCUGAAAGUAACGUAAUUGAUAACUAGAUAUUAAUUCUUCAAUUCUUCGACUAUCUUAUUUUUAAGCGCUUCAGUCCUACUGUCCAUCUCCUU